CGAGGUUUCCGCCCGGCUGCGGGCGCGGCGGCUCCAUGCGCUCGGAGCGGGAGGCAGGGCCGGGGCCGGGGCCGGGCCGGGGCGGCGGACGCGACUCGGGGCCCAUGGACACCCCGCUGCUGCAGGAGUCGCCGCGCCGCGACACGGGCGCUCUGCCGAACCCGCCGCCGCCGUCCCCGCUGCCGCCGUCCCCGCUGCCGCCGCCGCUUCACCCGGCGCCGGGGAAACAGCGGGAGGAGAAGAAGACGGCGCUGAGCAAAGUGGUUAUUCGAAGGCUUCCUCCUUGUCUCACCAAGGAGCAACUGGAGGAACAGCUGCAUCCUCUACCUGCCCAUGAUUAUUUUGAGUUUUGCACUGCUGAUCCCAGCCUUUAUCCUCAUCUCUACUCAAGAGCAUACAUUAACUUUAGAAAUCCUGAGGACAUCCUUCUUUUUAGAGAUCGCUUUGAUGGCUAUGUCUUCAUUGAUAAUAAAGGUUUGGAAUAUCCUGCAGUGGUUGAGUUUGCUCCAUUCCAGAAGAUUUCAAAAAAGAAGCUAAAGAAGAAAGAUGCCAAAGCUGGGAGCAUCGAAGAUGAUCCAGAAUAUAGGAAAUUUUUAGAGAAUUAUUGUGCUGAUGAAGAGAAGAUCUGUGCCAAUCCUGAGAUUCUUUUGGGAGAGAUUGAGGCCAAAACAAGGGAACUCAUUGCUAGAAGAACAACACCCCUUUUGGAAUAUAUUAAAAAUAGAAAAUUAGAAAAGCAGAGAAUACGAGAAGAGAAAAGAGAAGAACGAAGACGGAGGGAAUUGGAGAAGAAACGUUUGCGGGAGGAGGAGAAAAGGAAGCGCAGAGAAGAAGAAAGACGUAAAAGAAAAGAAGUGGAGAAGCAAAAGAAGAUUUCUGAAAAAGAAAUAAGGAUCAAGCUUCUUAAGAAGCCUGAAAAAGGAGAUGAACUGGCCAGUGAAAAGCACAAAGAAAAAGGUGAAGAAGCUGACGUUGAGGAAAACAAAUGGGAUAAAUCACCUGGAUCUGGAAGUAUAAAAUCCAAAUCUUUGGAGAGUUCACCAAAAGGACUUAAGGAAAAGUCACAAAAUGAUAGUGACAAAGAGCAAAGAGAUUUGGAGAGAAGAUUUCGCGAAAAAGAACCUGAAAGACAAAGGUAUCGAUUGGAUGAUGGCAGAAAGCAUAGAACUCACUAUGAGUUUGACAAGUUUAUGAGAAGGAAUGAAGAAGAGCUGAAAUGGGGGAAAGGAUACAACCAAGACAGAGGAAAGAAAGGGAACUACAGCUACAGCUUCACUGUGGAGGCAGUAGACAAACUGGGUAAAGAGGACAAGUGUGAUGACAUGGCAUCCAAAAAGGAGCGCAUAAGAAAUAAGGAUCGUCCAGCCAUGCAGUUGUACCAGCCAGGAGCUCGCAUCCGAACACAUAUGGGACCUACAAGUAAAACCUAUGACUGCACUGGGAAAUCCUUUGAAGAUGCUCUUGAUAAAAAGUAUGAGGCAGAUAAUUCAGCUGGAGCUAGUUCUGAAAAGACCGAAGAAGCAGAAUAAAACAAUCUGGGGGAAAAGGCUUGUGAAAAGGAAUGAAUUUAAGAUUCAGCAUCAUCACAAAAAAUCCAUUGGGCUGUUUCAGAACUCUACAGGCAAUUGUGUCAACAAAAUAACGAUCGCUCUGCCUCU